CCGGAUUUCAAGCGUCCACAGUGCCAGAUUUUAUACAAAAACAAUAAACAUCCGGUAUCGAAUUUGUCGUCGACGACCUUCUCGUGAUCAGUCUGAGUGUUGAAGAUGUCGGCGGAGGAAAAGCAGUUUUCUUUGGAAGUGUUAACGUUGAAUUGUUGGGGUGUUCCUGUGCCAUUUGCAUGCAAAUAUAGGAAAGAGCGAUUCCUAUCUAUUGCUGAAGAGAUUUCCAAGAGGAAUUUUGACAUUGUUAUCUUGCAAGAGGUAUGGGCUGAAAGUGACUAUAAACUUCUGCAGCAACACAUACUGAAGGUGAUGCCAUAUUGUCAUUACUUUCAAAGUGGGACCAUAGGGAGCGGUGUCUGUGUUUUCUCCAAGCUUGCUAUAGAGGACUCGUUCUACCACCUGUUUCCACUGAACGGCUACUUCCACAAGGUUCAGCAUGGGGACUGGUUUGGUGGGAAGGGCCUGGGUAUGUGUAGAGUCUCCAUCCAGGGAAUCAGCAUCAACAUAUACUGUACCCAUCUGCAUGCUGAAUAUGAUAUGGAAUCGGAUGAAUACAUUGCCCAUCGUGUGGCGCAGGCAUUUGACAUGAGCCAGUUCAUCAAGUAUACAUCAGGGUCAUGUGACUUGGCCAUUGUUGGGGGUGACUUUAACCUUCGACCCACUGACCUAGGAUACAAGAUGAUUGUCACCAAUGGAAACUUACAUGACUGUUGGCUCGCAAAAAAUGAUGAGAAUGAAUCAGGACACACUAAUGAGAGGAAAGACAACAGUUUCAGCACGCACAAUGUCCAGCGGUUAGAACCCGUGGGGCGAAGGUUGGAUUACCUCCUAUACAAGGCCAAUGAAGGUGUGGAUGUAGAGGUGGGCAGUUGUAAGCUGGACUUUGGUAAAAUCCCGCACAAGCCUUACAACUACUCGGAUCAUGAAGGAGUGGCUGCUCGCCUGCUUGUACAAAGGAAAAAAGAUUUGGAAAAAUCUCCAGAUUCCACUGACGAGAAUAAGCUAUACGAUCUACUACUGGAGUCCAAGACGAUCGUACAGAAGGGCCUGACCAAGGCGAGGUCUGACAACCUGUUUUACACGCUUCUGUGCAUUGUCUGCACCAUCGCUCUCUACGGGUUCUGGUGCACCGAGAUGGAGCGAGAGACCAGUCAUCUGGUGGUCGUUGGGAGGGCCGUCAUUUUUGUGACCUUGACCUUGUUAGUGGCGUUCUUCCUGUUUUACAAGUUGAUUAUCAAUAAGAUCGAAUUCAAGGGACUGACAGGUGCUGAGGAGGAUAUAAGUAAUUUAUGUUCGAGUGUCAAAAAAAGAAUCAAACACAAUUAACCUCUGAUGUCGAACAUUCCAAUCUUUACAAAGGCAUAAAACAACUGUAUUUUUUAAACUAAGGUAGUGAAAUGACUUGUUUCACAACUAAAGUCAUACAUGUAUGUGUUGUAAAUCUGCAUGGGUCCAAGUUACUUCUAUUUCUUAUCAUAUUUAUUCCUAAUUGUUUUGAAGGAACUUUCUACAUUCCUCCUGUGAUAAUUUUAUCAUAACUUUCUUCUAUUCACCAUUUGAUGGCUGAGAAUAAAGUCUUUGAAAUCCUUUGAUAACAGUAACAUAUAUUUUGCAUAGUCAAGUGUUGCUUUUGCAGAUUCUCAAUGACCAAUGAUGUUCAAUAAAUGAUUACAUGUAUAA